ACGGAUGUUCUGAAGUUUCUGCCCCGGCUCCAUUUUUGAAUCCCGUGUAGCUUUUGUGAGGUGUUAUGACAACUGGUUUUAGCCAGUGCCACCUAUUUUGUCGGCAGGCGCUUCCGAAGGACCCCUGCAUGCGUCUGAAGCUGGAAAUGGAACCAGUGACCUUUGAGGAUGUGGCUGUGAACUUCACCUCAGGAGAGUGGACUUUGUUGGAUUCCAGUCAGAAGAAGCUCUACAGAGAUGUGAUGAAGGAGACCUUUAUGAACCUGAUCUCUGUAGAGAAAACACAAGAAGAAAAUGUUGAAGAGGACUACCAAAAUCUCAGAACUCAAGUGAUUGAGAAAGAUGGUGAAUGUGAACAUGGUAGUCAGUGUGAACAAACCCAGGCACAGAUUCCAGAGUAUAUUGUUAAUGAGGACAUGCCUCUUGCAAUAACAGUAUGCGAAAGCAGUUUGUAUGUAAGAAACAUCAUCAGUAAUUCACCCUUGGAUAUGCACCUCAAUGAUCAAACUCAAGAGAAACCAUUUGAGUGUAAGGAACUUGUGGAGAAGGCUUUUAAACAUGAGAAAUGCUGGGAAGAUAUGGGUCAUUCUGAGUCAUUUCAGGUGCAUGGAAGUUCUAGAGAGAAAUCAUGUGAAAAUCAGCAAUGUAAUGCAGCUCAUGGGAGUCUUCAUUGUGAUGAGCAUCAUGAGAGAACUCAUGAUGGAAAUAAACACAAUGAGAUCACCUUUAUGAAGUGUACAUAUGACCAGAUAGAUGAAACAAUCCAUAGUGAAGUAAAGCCAUUUGUGUGUAAGCAGUGUGGAGAAGCCUUUGUUAAUUCCAGUCACCUCAUCAGUCAUGAACGAAUUCAUAUUGUAGAAAAGUGUUAUAUUUGCAAACAGUGUGGAAAAACAUUUAGAUAUUUGUCAUGCUUCCAAAAACAUGAAAGAAUUCACAGUGGAGAGAGGCCUUAUGUGUGUGAGCAAUGUGGGAAAGGAUUUAUUCAGUUGAAAUACCUUCUCAUGCAUCAAAGGACUCAUGGAGAGAAUUCUUAUGAAUGUAAACAUUGUGAAAAAGUCUUCACUAUUUCCAGUGCCCAUAAUGUUCAUGAAAACAUUCAAGGUGGAAACAAGCCAUGUUCAUGUACACAUUGUGGAAAAGCUUUCACUAGCCCCAAUGACUAUAAUAGUUGUGAAAGAAUUCACACUGGAGAGAAUCCCUUUGUAUGUAAGAAAUGUGGGAAAGCAUUCAAACGUUUGGGUCAUUUUAUGAAUCAUGAAAGAAUUCACACUGGAGAGAAGCCUUAUGCAUGCAAACAUUGUGGAAAAGCCUUCACCAGUUCCAGUGACCGUAACAGUCAUGAAAGAAUACACACUGGAGAGAAACCCUUUGUGUGUAAAACAUGUGGGAAAGCAUUCAGUCGUUCUGAUUAUCUUAUCAAUCAUAAAAGGAUUCAUACUGGAGAGAAGCCUUAUCCGUGUAAAUAUUGUGGAAAAGCCUUUGCCACUUCCAGUGACAGAAACAGUCACGAAAGAAUUCAUACUGGUGAGAGGUCCUUUCUGUGUAAAAAAUGUGGGAAAGUAUUUAUUCUUUCUGGUGAUCUAAUCAAGCAUGAAAGGAUUCACACUGGAGAGAAGCCUUAUGCAUGCAAACAUUGUGGAAAAGCUUUUACUACUUCAAGUGCCCGUAACAGUCAUGAAAGAAUUCACACUGGAGAGAAGCCUUAUACAUGUAAGCAUUGCACAAAAACUUUUACCACUUCCAGUACCCGUAACAGUCAUGAAAAAACUCACACUGCAGAGAAGCAUUUUGCAUGUAAUCUUUGUGGGAAAACCUUCAACAGUCAGAGUUCCUAUUACACUCAUAAAAAAAUUCAUUCUAUGAAAGAGAAACUUUAUGUAUGUAAACACUGUGGGAAAGAAUUCACGUAUUGUGGUAAUUUCCUCAAGCAUGAAAGAAUUCACACUAUAGAAACAUUGUCCAUGUAAGCAAUAUAUAAAAGCAUUUCUGGGUCCUACCUCCCAUUAGAAACCUAUGUAAAAUCUCAGAGUGACAGACUUGUAUAACUAUAAACAGUGUGACACUCUGGUCAACUUGCCUUUAUUGUGAGGUAUGAAGACAAGAGUUUGGAUGGGCCAUGAGAUGACUUAGCUAUGGUUCUUUAGGAUAGCCUGAUCUCAAUUUUAACCCUGAAACUCACAUGAUAGAAAUAAAGAACCAAUUCCCAAAAGUUGUCUUCUGAGUUCCACAUGCACAACAUUGAAUGUAUGUGUGUUUGUACACAAAUGAAGUAAAUAAAUGUAGUGCAAAAACAAGAAAAAAAUGAAAACAUUUUGAAGUGGAAACAAACAUGACCAGUAAAAUGUAAUUUUAGCCCUAAGAUACAAGCAUAUGUAGGAUGAAAUCCUGUUCCCAUACAUAUAUUAAUGUCUGUUUUUCUUACAGGUAGGGUAAGAGGCUAGCAAAAUACAGUGUCUAACACAGGACAUUUGAAUAGCACUUAGGACUUUUAAGGUGAACCUGUUCCAACCAAAUGUAAAUUUUAAUGAAAAAAUAAAGCUGUGUGAUUGAAAUAGAA